AACGAAGAAAGUUGGUAGAAGUGGUUGAUUUAGGGUUGCGUUUUUCAUAAAUAGUAUGUAAGGCUGUUUUAUCGAAGUCUUCAGCACUAAUUACAUUAUUGGCAUCUCUCCUGUGUGCAGAUGGCAUGCCUUGUGAAAAUGAAGUGUAUGCAUAACCAUGUGCGUGUUUAGCGCUAUAUGGAUAAUAGUCAAGUGAGAAGUUUGACCAGUUUGGCUAAUAUUACUGUAAAAUAGGCCUAAUGCGCAUUAAUCUGCUGCAUGUGUGAUUAAGUGUCUUUGGUGGGUUUCUGUAGUACUUCCUCAUUGCAUGCCUGAGACUUCCUGCUUCCAUUCUGUAGCAUUUUGACUGAUAGAGCUCAUUUCAGUGAGGUGAACUGACUGUGCAUGCAGACACAGCUCCUACACAGCCUAGUUACCAUAGAAACCGCAGCCCCCGCCGCUAGUGCUCUCGUGCAGUUCUCUGAUGCACUGACAGAAAGAUGAAGCACAAGCCACAGGGCUGACAAACACACUGGAGGUAACAGACCACAUUACAUUACUUUGAGUCCAGUGUCAAGUGGGUCGGACCAAAAAAAAAAUCAGUUCAGUGACCAAUAACACAUCAACACCUCCUCUUUAAUGUGUUUAAGGUCCCGAAUCACGUCUGUGCUAACAUCUUUGAAAUCCCCGAUGGCUCUACAGGAGAAAAUCAGAGUGGUGCUGCUGGCAUGCGGCUCCUUCAACCCCAUCACCAAUAUGCACCUGCGCAUGUUUGAGCUGGCACGGGAUCACCUCGAAGAUACCGGAAGGUACAGAGUAGUAAAGGGUAUCAUCUCUCCUGUUGGUGAUGCUUAUAAGAAGAAGGGUCUGAUUGAAGCAUGUCAUCGGGUGGAGAUGGCCAGAUUGGCGACAGAGAGCUCCAGCUGGAUCACUGUGGAUGACUGGGAGAGCCAGCAGGUUGAUUGGGUGGAAACAGCCAAAGUUAUCAGACACCAUCAUGCUGUGUCCUCAGCGGAGGUGAACUAUGAUGAGGUGGACACAGUAAAGUUCACAAAGAAGAGAAGACUGGAGGAAACCAAGGGAAGUUCAUCAGAUCACAACAGAUUAGAAACUUUUCAGCUCAAGCUGUUGUGUGGAGCAGACGUACUGGAGUCCUUCAGCACCCCCAAUCUGUGGAAGAAGGAGGACAUUGCCGAGAUCGUGGGCCGCUUCGGGCUUGUGUGCAUCACCAGGAGCGGUUGUGAUGCAGAGAAGUUUGUCUACCAGUCUGAUGUGCUGCACAAAUACCGUAAGAACAUCCACAUCGUGAAGGAAUGGGUGACCAAUGAGAUCUCGGCCACGCAUGUGAGACGAGCCAUAUGCAGGGGCCAGAGCGUGCGCUACCUGCUGCCUGAGCCUGUGGUGCACUACAUCCAAGAUCAGCAUCUGUACAGCGCUGAGAGUGAGCAGAAGAAUGCAGAUGUCAUCCUUGCUCCUCUUCAGAGAUAUGGCAGUGCAACGGAAUAAGCUACUGCACUGUGUGUGUGUGUGUGUGUGUGUGUGUGUGUCUGAGCUGCCAGACACUUGCUACAUAGAGCCAAUGCACUUCACCAGCUGCAACGAAGAAAUAUUUGACUCCCUUAAUACACUAUCUAUCUUUUAGAAAAUAAUUGGUUUGACAGGGUGAUUGAUUCAGGGUUUACAAAUACAAGUGAUUUUUACAAGCCACUCUUUGCACUCUUUCUAAUCAUCCAAAUAACCCUCAUGAAAGCGUUGGUAAUUAGUCGGUUCAUGUUGAAUUGAGGGUCUUUGCUGGUAUAAUAUAGUAAAAGUCCUCAUAUUUUUGGCAACUGCUGAAACCAAUUUUAGUAAGAAUAUUUUCUUGAAGAGUAUCUUGAAGCCACCAUCAGUUUCUUAAUAAAAUAGCUGUGUGUAAAGAUGUGUACACGGCAUCAGACAUCUUUUGUUAUGUUGAAACAUAUUUGAUUUAUGGCACAGGCUAGUUUUCACCUUGUAGUUUGGUCUCCCUGUAGCACACGAUGGCCACCAAUUUGUGAGUGUGAAAGCUAACAAGGUUUACACAGUAUAAUAGAUAGUCUAAUGUUAGCUAAGCUAGGCUAUAUAACAUUAGACUAAUCUUGGCUACUUGUUUUCAAAAUAUAAUGGCCUAAACAUAGCUAGUUUGUUACUGCAGGAGAGACGAAUAGUUGGCAGCAUUUGUAAGUGGCUAUUAUUCUUCUUACUGCCUCCUACGGAACAUGACUUUAUUCUGAAUAGGUGAUAAGGCUGAUCAUUGAGAUCUGGGCAAAAUUGAGCAAAUCCAUGCCAUUUGUGAUGGUUGUUGAGAAGUCCAAGUUGGUCCAGCUUGCAAGAAUACAUACUUGGUGCCACUUCACCAACAUGGAACAAACUGUCUCCAACCCAUUGAAUUAUCUUCUACCACAGGUUCCCAACCCUCAUCAUGGAGUACCCCCUGUUAUGCAAAUUUUACCAUUUUCCCUGCUCCCAACACAUCUGAUUCAACUAAUCACCUAAUUAACAGCUCUUUCUGAGUUAAGGUGGGUGUGUUAGAGCGAGGAAAACUCUCAGAUGUUAUACCAUACAGACUAUGGUGUACUCCAAGACCAAGGUUGGCAACCUACAGUAUGGCUUAUACCUUUACCAAGUCCAAUGUCCAGUAAAAAGCUAAACAAUCCCCAUGCACCUAUGAAUACCCUUCUCCUGAUCCCAAGAUUUUCUCUACUUUUAUUGGUCUGUCCUUAUUACACUCAAUUAGCAUGUAGUGUCCAGUAUUGUAUUUUCUACACUCUGUUAAAACAGCAUCAAUAUUUUCUUGCUUUUGAUAUACCACAUAAGCACAGGUGGAAAAAGUACUGGGAUAUUAUACUUAAGUGAAAGUAUAGAUGUGUCAAAAUCUUACUCAUUUGAAAGUAGCCAAAAAAAUAUAUACUCGAGUGAAAGUCAAAAAUUUGCUUUUUAAAUGCACUGAUUUAAUUUAAUUUAAUGCUUUUGACAAGUAUUAAAAAGUCAAAAAGGAAAUGUAAUUAAGCGAUGAAAUUAAGUAGGUUACAGCAAAUGAUGAAUUGGCACAUGUUUUAAACUGAAGUGUGAAUAAAAUGCACAGAAGCAAGUUCUA